AUGACCGCCACUGAAGGCCCCAAGCAGCCAGAUAUCUCGUAUCAUCCAGACGCAAAGAAAUUCCGUGCCCGGACUGCUCGUCGUCUUGCAGAAGACCCAUCGCUACCUCAGCAGCCUCUCCCUGCCAAUUUUCCUGACCGUGUCGAUGGCCCAAUCGUCUGGGAGGGCAAAGACUGGACAGACGAAUCUCAAUGGGUCUACAACCUCUCGCAGACCCAACUCAAUGAGAUAGACGGAGCUCUGGCGCAUUUCAACAGCCUUGAUAAACCAAUGGGAUUCAUCAGUCGCGAAACGUUCCCACUCCCCACUCUUUCGGCGGAACUCUGGAAACUCGCUGACGCGUUGUAUAACGGUCGUGGCUUCUUUGUGUUGCGCGAAAUUCCCAUCGACAAAUACUCGCGCAAAGACUUGGCUAUCGUUUAUGCCGGACUUUCAUCUCACGUUGGGUCUGGGCGUGGAAGGCAGGACGCCACCAACGCAGUCCUCGCCCACAUCAAAGACCUGCGCACCAGCCACAAAGGAGUACUUGGUAAUGCAGCGUAUACCACCGACAAACAAGUCUUCCACACCGAUAUUGGCGAUCUCAUUGCCCUCCUCAGCAUUCAACAGUCGGCCUCUGGUGGGGUUUCCCGUCUCGCAAGCAGCGGUUUUAUCUACAACGAGAUUGCCAAGACACGACCAGACUUGAUCCAUGUUCUGAAAGAUAACUGGCCUCUCGAUCGUUUCGGUGGUGACCCACCUUAUACCGAACGGCCGGUGCUGUACAACGAAGAUGGCCAUAUUGUAAUCCAGUACUCGCGCCGUCAUUUUACCGGCUACGGCGAGCAGAUUCGCAGCACCAAUAUUCCCCCCAUCUCAGAAGCGCAAGCGGAAGCACUGGACAUGCUGCAUUUCCUCGCAGAAAAGCACUCGCUGGGACUCAACUUCCAGAAAGGGGACAUCCAAUACAUCAACAGCAUGGGGCUGCUCCACGCCCGCGAUGCCUUUGUCGACGAUCCUGAGCACACACGCCAUCUUGUUCGCCUCUGGCUCCGCAACGAUGAGCUUGCGUGGAAAACUCCAAAACCGCUUGAGAAGACAUGGGCCCUGCUGUAUUCGGUGGCCGCAAAUGCUCAGCGGUUUCCUCUGGAGCCAGAGAUCCGCAAAACAGCGAGUGGUGCGACGAAAUAA